UACACAAUACACCGACUUGUCAGCCUUAUCCACAAUCAUAUUCAUGCCUCAAUCUGAAUAUAAAUUUAUCUCCUCCUCCUCAAAGGGUUUCAAAUCAACUACGAGCUUCGAAAAUCAUAGCCAUGGCGGAUAUUGCAAUUCUUGUAGCAGAGGAAUACGAGAGAAGGAUGAAGAAUCCAACGCAAGUUCAGGAGAAGCAAGAGCUUCAAGAUUUGGCUUCUGGGGUUUCUAUCUCUGCAACUGCUACUUCGAUUAGGAUGAAGAAGAUGAUGGAAAUGGCAAAACAGAAUUCACAGAUUUCGGAAUUCAAAUGGGUUUUUGAACCCAAAUCUCAAAUUGGGCGAGCUGCUUCCACCGGAUUCUUCUCGGCUUGAGUUGCUCUGUUUUUUAAAUUUGCCAUAUACUGUAAAUGUUUUCUCAUCUGUCUCUCAAAUCUGUACAUUUUUUUUUAAUUCUAUUACUUUCGAAAUGCUUUUGAAUUCGAGAGAAAAAUGGUGGGUUGUAUUAUGAUUAUUAUGGGCUUGAAUUAACCAUUUGAAUGUUGGGGAAAAGAUGGGAUGAUUUGGAUUUCAAGAAAUCAUCGAGAGAGUUCAUCAUUAGGGUUUGCUUUUGAAUCUGAUAUAUGGUGGAUCGAUGAGUCCAUGUUGAGAUCAACUCAAAGA